GCAUCAUUUAAGUGUUGUAAUGAAAACAUAAUUGUUUAGAAAAAUAACGCUUUAGCAACUUUUACUUACUAUUAAUUAUUUUUCAUUUCUCUGACCACUGAACCGGUGCACUGAGAACUAACAGAAGGCGCACACAAUGACGGCAGAACAGAAGAAGGAGAACGUUCAACUUUAUAAAGAAGAAGAAAAGCAAGAAGAAGAAAAGGAAGAAGACGCUAGUUCGACAUUCAAGAUGCCAAGUGGUGCGAAAUCCAAGAAGAAGAGCCCAAGCAAUCACAAUGCGGCUCCAGAGCCGGAACUGAUACAGGUGUCCUACAUUUUUCCAAACGGGGACAGAUAUGAGGGGGAGUGCACCAAAUCUGCAUCUGGAGCAAUCGUGCGAACAGGCGUGGGUAAACACACAUCACCGAAUGGAAUUGUUUACACCGGAGAGUGGCAGGAUGACAAGAUCAAUGGUAAAGGGACACUGCAGCUUCCCUCUGGAGCUCAGUAUGAAGGACAAUUUCAUGAUAACAUGUACCACGGCACAGGAACCUAUACCUUUCCUGAUGGCUCCACUUAUAAAGGACAAUUUUGUAUGAACAGGUUGGAAGGUGAAGGAGUAUUCACCAACACACAAGGACUGGUUUGGACUGGAAAAUUUGAGGGCGAAUCAGCUAUGGGUCUGAAACUGCUGCACACCAAUUAGAGAAAACUGGCACUCCCUCGUGUGUAUUUUUUUAUAUAAAUUAUUUCACAACACAAAACACACAUUUAAGUGUAUGGGUGGUUAAAGAUCAAGGGAAGAAGUAAAUCAUGUUUCUCUGAAGUAUUUCUUGCUGUACUACAGACUGAGACUCAGAGCUGUUGAAGAAGAUCUUCAUGUGUUUCCAUCUUCAAUUCCUGCCAGUAUAUCACGGUUGUGUUCAAUUAAACAGUCCAAGGUCACACCCCAAGUUCACCCAAAAUAGAAGGUCAUUUUUGUUUGUGUCAUUUA